AUGGGGCUGCUGCGGUGCGUCUUGCUGUGUUUUCCUUUAUCUCUGGCUUUGAGUGGCCAGCACACACCGAAGGCCCAAGAUCAUGCUGGCGUGCUCCACUGUGGGCUGCAGGGCUUUCGGUUCACUGCAAAUCCUCUCGGCCAGGAGGCAGAGACUCUUCCUGUAUUAAUAGCUUGGGACAACCAAGGGCUGCUGCACAGGCUGCAGAAUGACUCCGGCUGUGGCACCUGGGUAGGGGAGGGCCCGGGCGGCUCUGUGGUGUUGGAAGCAACCUAUGGUGGCUGCUAUGUCACUGAGUGGGACUCCCACUACAUCAUGCCAAUCGGAGUGGAAGGAGCAGGUGAGGCUGGACCCAACAUGGUUACGGAGAAGCAGCUGCUCAAGUGUCCUGUGGAUCUUCUAGCCCAAGAUGCUCCCGAGGCUGACCCGUGCCACUCCAUCCCAACGGUGGACAGGCUUCCAUGUGCAGCUUCCUCCAUCUCUCGCAGUGACUGCGAGGAGUUAGGCUGUUGCUACAGCUCCACAGAGGUGAAUUCCUGCUACUACGGAAACAUGGUGACCUUGCACUGUAGCCGAGAGGGACGCUUCUCCAUCGCUGUGUCUCGGAAUGUGACCACGCCCCCCCUGCUCUUGGAUUCCGUGUACUUGGCCUUCGGAAAUGACAGCGGAUGUGACCCUGUGAUGACAACACACACCUUUGCCCUGUUCGUGUUGCCGUUUACUUCCUGUGGUACUACAAGACGGAUCGCUGGAGACCAAGCAGUAUAUGAAAACGAGCUGGUUGCAACUAGGGACGUAAAACGUUGGAGCCGUGGGUCCAUCACCCGCGACAGCAUCUUCAGGCUCCGAGUCAGCUGCAGCUACUCUGUAAACGGCAGCUCUCUCCCAGUUAAUGUCCAGGUCUUCACUCUGCCCCCACCCCUUCCUGAGAUCCAGCCUGGACCCCUCACUCUGGAACUUCAGAUUGCCAAAGAUAACAACUAUAGCUCCUACUACACUGCUGGGGACUACCCAGUGGUGAAGUUACUUCGGGAUCCCAUCUACGUGGAGGUCUCCGUCCUUCACAGAACAGACCCCUACCUGGGGCUGCUCUUACAUCAGUGUUGGGCCACGCCCAGCGCAAACCCCCUGAGUCAGCCACAGUGGCCUGUACUGGUGAAGGGAUGCCCCUACACUGGAGACAAUUAUCAGACCCAACUGAUCCCAGUCCAGAGAGCCUCAAAUCUGCCAUUUCCCUCUCACCACCGGCGCUUCAGCAUUUUCACCUUCAGCUUUGUGGACCCUGUGGCAGCAAAGCAGGCUCUCAAGGGACAGGUAUACCUGCACUGCAGCGUGUCAGUCUGCCAGCCCGCUGAGAUGCCAUCCUGUAGGGUAACCUGUCCUGCUGACCGAAGAAGAAACUCUAACAUCAGUCUUCAGAACAGUACUGCUAGUGUUUCUAGCAAGGGCCCCAUGAUUCUACUUCAAGCCACUAAGGACCCUUCAGGAAAGUUCCAUAAAUAUUCAAGUGUUCCUGUAGACUCACAGUCUCUGUGGGUGGGAGGACUCUCCGGGGUCUUAAUCGUUGGAGUCCUGUUAGUAUCCUACUUGGCUAUCAGGAAACGGAGAUGA